CAGAACCACCACCCCGUCCACGUGCCACCACUUGUGGCGGAACCGGCAGCUUCAGCCGCAACCGCAACACCAUCAUCCUCUCUUCUCUCUCUAUAUCUUUGACAUUUCCACUCACUGAGAAGUUAAAAUAAUAUAAAUGAGUCUAAUCUUUAAAAAGUAAAACCAUGCUUUUUUUUCUUUUUUGUGUGAAAAUUCUUAGUCCUCUAAUUAGACCCUACCUGCCUCAGAUCUAUUGUAAUAAUAAUUAUCUUCUUUUCUUUCGCAACCUCCAACUACCCACUCUCUUCUUUCUGCUCCGACCACCGCGCCGAUAUUAGAAAACUUUGAAGCUAUUUCUUAUUGUGUAGUGUUAUGGCGCGAACGAUGGAGUGGGCGGCGAGGGCGGAGCACUUGGGAGGAGUGCCUCGGAAGCUGGUGAUAGGCGCAGUUGGCGCAUUCGCCAAAACGGUGUCGUGUCUUAUGAACAGAACCACCGUUCACAACGCCGACACUCUCUUCCGCCUCGUUCGUUCUAGAACCCCCGGCGUCCCCUUAAUCACCGUCAGCAACCACAUGUCCACGUUGGAUGAUCCGGCUAUGUGGGGAUUCAGGGGCUUUCCCAUCUUUAAUACCAAGUUAGCUCGAUGGGUGCUAACUGCUGAAGAUAUAUGCUUUAAGAAUGCAGUGCAUUCAUAUAUUUUUCGGGUUGGGAAAUGCAUACCUAUUACAAGAGGUGGUGGAAUUUAUCAAGAGCACAUGAAUGAAGCUCUUGAGCGCUUAAAUGAUGGAGAAUGGGUGCAUACAUUUCCAGAAGGAAAAGUGUACCAAGACGAUGCACCAAUUAGGCGAUUAAAAUGGGGGACUGCUAGUCUAAUUGUCCGUGCACCAAAAACUCCAAUUAUAUUGCCAAUUGUCCAUCAUGGUUUUCAAGAGGUGAUGCCAGAGAAUUAUAUGUUUGGUAGACGGCCUCCUGUACCAUUGUGUAAUAAGAAAAUUGACAUAAUUAUUGGUGAUCCGGUUCAAUUUGACCUUCCAGCAAUGAGGCAAACGGCUAUUUCCGAGUCUCGCAAUGCAAAAUUUCCUACUAGUGGGUGGCCCAGCACUCCAGAUGGUCUGGAUGAAGCAGCGCAGAAAUGUCUCUACUCUGCAAUUUCAGAGCAAAUCCGUGCUGCCAUGGACCGACUAAGGAGUUUUCGUAAAAAAAUUCUCAAGUCAUAGGUUUAAACCUAUCUAAGCUCAGUUAGAUCUUGAGUUUAUAACAUUUGUAUGAUUGUGUGUUUGUAGUUGAUGAUUUUGUAGGACUAUUUUACUUAGAAUUCCUAAAUGAAGUACCAUAUAUACAAGUUCAUAGGGGGAGGUGGGUUACCUUCCAUGCACAGCCCAAAAUUAGAUGGGCUAACAAAUAUUUCAAAAAGCAAUUCUUUGAGAAAAGAAAAAUGUCGAUGUUUUGCAAUUUUGUAGUGCUGUCAACUUGUCAUGUCAUGUGACGUAGGAGAGGUUGAAAUAAACAGCUGGAAGCCUGGAACAAGCAUUCUAGGAAGGCUCUGGUAAUUCAAGUGGGGACCUCAUUCUUCAUUUCUUUAAUCCUUUAUGUAUAAUGCACAAGAUCCUAAUCCAUGCUUUAAUGUAUUGUGCAAUAUCUA